CGCUCGAUGACCAAGCGCGUUUGCCAGCGCACCACGUCGCCGGCAUUGCCAGGCGUUGUUGUCCAUGGCCUCCUCGAGAUGCUGGGCGACGGACGCGACGUCACUUCGCUGCUCAACGCGUUGCCGUCGUUGACGCUGCCGCCCGAGCUUGUCGCGCUCCGCGACCUUGGCGCCGCUAUCAACCUCGCCGACCACUGGCCGGUCGUGCACAUCACCAAGAUUCCGGCCAAGCAUGCACGCCUCGCGAUUACCGCACUGCCUGCUUUCUCUGGCAUCUAUGUGGAUCCUGGCAUCGUCGCCCUCGCGUGGCUGGAUGCGACCUUGCCACCAGCGAUGCCAAUCACGCUGGUCGUGAGCCCCGAGGAGCUCGGCACCUGCAGCGCUUUUGCGUACACCUGGGGCGACCGCGUCACAAACGUCAUUGUCAGAGGCGCCAAGAUGCGUAUCGACCCGGUCCCCGACAUCCUCGCGCGCUGCGUCAACGUUCAAUCGAUUCGAAUCGAGUUUUACACGCCCGUCGACAAGUACUUGGACGCUCUCUCGACGAAGCAGCUGCAUACGCUCCAGAUUGAUGCGUUGGGCCACGAUGCAAUCGACACGUCGGUCAUCGUCGCUUGGCUCCAAGGACCUCGCGCGACGUCGCUCUCGCUCACGUGCAACUCGGUGCGCGACCUGGCAGCGCUCGCGACCGCGAUCCAAGACUGCGCUACGUUGUCGUCCUUGCGCAUUGUCGAUACACCCGGCCUGAAAGAAGCCUUGGUGACGUCCUCAAGCAACUUGCACCACAUCACAUCGCUAACUCUGCACGACGAAGGAUUCAACCAUGACGUGAACGUGGGUCUGCUUCGGAAGCUCGACCGCACCAAGGUCCUCUCGUUCUCGCUCGAGAAGGACCAAGGCCUCGAAGGCGACGAGGUGGCCACGACCAGUGUGCUCGAUGCGCUCGCGGUGUGUCCCGCGCUGACGACGCUCAGCUUCACCAACCUCGACGUCACAGCGGACAGGCGGAUGACAGGUUUCUGGCCGCACUUGACCACCGUGCGCGUGCGAUCCACGGAUUUCGAGACGCCGCGCGAGCUUGCCGCGUUUGUUCAGUGGCUCUCGACCUCGCGCUGCUUGAAGGUCGUCGACUUGAGCGGUACGACACUCCAGACAGAAGGGCUUGUCGAGCUGAUGCGCGCGCUGCCGGCGUGGAUGGCGAGAGGCCUUGAGACGUUAUCGCUCCAAGGCACCAAACUCGGUGAUGACGGCGCUGCGAUAGUUGCCGUCGGUCUCGCAUCGGGUAAGAACCAACGCCCUUUGACGGUCGAUUUGACAGGCAACAAACUCUCAAUCGUGAGCGUCAAGCUACUGUUGGCGACACUCGGUGCUUGCCAGAACGUCAGGCUGCAUCUGUUCACAGCAAGGUCCGACGCUGAUUACUCGUCGACGAUUCAAAACCUUUUGCGCCUGCAUCAGCUCCAGGAGGUGCUGCCCGGUGUCUUUCGGUCGCCAUCCCGCUCCACAUCAGCGUGACAUGCUCUUUAGCAGCAUAGAUGAUGCAUAAAUAAAAUGAGCGACUAUAUCACAUAUUUCUAUCAA